GUUCGUUCGUGCGUGGUCGUGUCGUGUUCGUUAUUAUAGAUUGCUUGCUUUGUUUUGUUGAUGUCCAAGUCGAUAUAAAUGCGAACCUACUUUCAUCUUGCCAGCCAGUUUCGAUGCAGUCCUCUUCUUCAGUAUGAAAACUAAUAGUCAGGUGGUAACUUAGUGUGAAUUUGUGGAAAAUACAGUGUAAAAGUGCGGUCACAAUGAGUGAGGAAGAUAAAAAGAAACCGAUGGAUGGUCCAAAACCCUCUGGACUGAAACCUCCUUCCAAGUUGGGGCGUUUGUGUGCCAACCAGCAACCCAAGCCAGCUGUUCCACCCAGUCCACCAAAAGCCAGUGGGGACUCUAGCAGUAACGGAUCAGCGACACACAGAAAGAGGAAUCCAUUAGGCCCGGUGGAGACACUGCUCUGCUCGGCCCUGUACACUUCCACGAUGAGAACGCAUCUGCAGAGACGAGACUCGGCAAAUGAUACUGACGACGGCUCGGUGAGCAGCGGUCGCAGGGCUAGCAUCGCAAGUGAUCGUAAGAGUUCACUGGGCUCAGGAUCUGACUCUUUGUGGGGAGACCUACGCAGACUCAGCGAGGCCGGUGUGCGCAGAACAUCAGACUCGAGUGUGGUGCUGACGGAGGACACGGACAGUUUCAAGAUCGGAGACAGAGUGUGGGUGGGCGGUACCAAGCCUGGCAUCAUCGCCUACAUCGGAGAGACGCAGUUCGCCCCCGGGGAGUGGGCUGGCGUCGUACUGGACCUGCCAAUAGGCAAGAACGAUGGAUCUGUGGCCAAUAUCCGUUACUUCCAGUGUGACGCCAAGCGAGGUGUCUUCUCUCGUCUCACUCGGCUCACCAGAGUCGCACUGUCGGAGGGGGGAGAGGAUCACAGCUUUCUCCCGACCUCUCCCCCCAGUCGACCUCCCUCCUCUACUGGCAGCCACAGGGACCUGAGGCUGGGUGACCGAGUGAUAGUGAUGAGCUCUACAGGCAGCAAGACAGGGAUGUUGAGGUACAUCGGACUGACAGACUUUGCCACAGGGGAGUGGUGCGGCGUCGAACUCGACGAUCCCGUUGGUAAAAACGACGGCUCUGUACAAGGCAGGAGGUAUUUCUCGUGCCAGAACAAGUAUGGUCUGUUUGCGCCGGUUGCCAAGGUGUCUCUGUCUCCGUCGCCCAACAGACGUCCCAGCUGUGCCAUGCAUCCCCCGGGCCCCACACGUCAGACCACCAAGGACAGCAUCACCUCUACUGCCUCGACAGCGUCCAGGGUAAGACUGGGGGUCAACAGUCUUCAGAGGCUGAGCAGACCGAGCACUCCCAGCAAACCCUCCGCAGUGUCCAGCAAUGCCGAGGCCAUGCUGAAGGACAAGGAGGCGUACAUAGAACAGCUGUUGAAGGAGAGAGACAUGGAGAGAUUGUCAGUGACUCGUGCAGCUCAGCUAGCGGAGACUGCCGAGAGAGAGAACGACAACUUGAAACAGCAGCUGCGCCAGUUACAAGAAACAUUCGAGGCUGUACAAGCUGACCUGCAACACCAGCUGUCCGAACUACAAACAGAGAAUCAAGAGAUCAGGAACCACUUGGAGGAGGAGAGGGGGAAACUGGAUGAUCUGACGUUCCGUCUGGACGAGGAGGGCUUGGCUAAAACAGACCUAGACGCCCAGUGUAAAGUGCAAGAAGAACAGAUCAAACAGCUGGAGGAGAGAUUGGCAGCGGAAACAAGGCGAGUUGAAGCGUUGGAGGCAGAGUCAAGCAGAACGUUUGAGGCGGAGGAAGCUCUUGCGACCAAUCAAGCAAACUUGGAAGAGGCUAGGGAAUUGAUCAAGGAACAUCAAGAGCAAUGUGUCAAGUGGAAGAACAUGUUCGAGGAAGAGAAACAACAGAGAGCUAAUUUCGAGAACGAGCUGAAACAGAUCAACGAAAUCAAAAAUCAGCUGGAAACAGACUUGAGGACGUUGACUGUCAAGUUCAGUGAAGUAGAGGGUUCUCUAACAAAGAGGGACUCGGAGUGUGCAAGGUUGAAAGGGGAAAUAGAGAAAACCGUGAAUCAAUUUAUGGUUGAAAAAGAAUCUCUCGGUAAGGAACUCGCCGUGUUGAAGGACAAAUGCAAAGACCUCCAAGAUGAAAAUAAUAAUAAAACUAAUGACAUAUCUGUUUUGAAUCUGAAUUUAACCCAACUGCAAAGUAAAUUCAAGAGUAAAGAAGAUGAGAUUUUCGGUUUGAAAGAGAACUAUAGUAAGGAGAUUCAAUCUCUAAAAGAAAAAGUGAGCAAUCUGGAGAAUACUCUCACUUCGAAAACUGUUGCUUUCGAACAACAAGAGGAUUUGUAUAAAAUGGAAAUAAGCGAUUUGAAGGAAUCUGUGAUAGCAGCUAAAAAAGAAUUAGAACAGAAAGACAAGAGUAACAUGAGCGGUAUCGAAGAUGCAGCAAAGAAAACUGCUGUCAUGGCUGAAAGCUUGAAACAAAAAGAUGAAGAUAUAACAAAUCUAAAAAGUAAAGUUGAGAAUUUGAAUACACAGCUUGAAACGCAAUUAAAGAACAUUAACGAUUUAAAAGAAAGUAACAGAAAAUUAAAUGAAGAUAUUGACAAAUUCAAGGUGGUUGAACAAACUGCUAAGAGUUUAGAAGAAAAGAUCUUAGAGCUAACAGCAUCACUUGAAUCCCAAAAACAAACUCUAGCUUCAAAAGACGAAGAACUGAGUAAAAACAAAACCAUCAAUAAAGAUCUGAGCCGCUCCUCGUCUGCCCUGUCUGUACAAGUCGAGGAAUGGAAGCGCAACUGCCAAAGUCUAGAAGAGAAGUGUGCACAAGUAACUGAGCAGAAAGUUAAAUUGGAAAACAGUUUGUCGGAGUUGAUGAACUCGUCAAGUGACUCGUCCCAGCAGCUGGUCAAGCUGAACGACUCUCUGAGAGAGAAGGAGAGAGAAGCGGAGAGACUGAGAGAGGAGUUGUCAGAGACUCGGAGAGAAAGUGAUGUCACAGUGAUGAGAGUGCAGCAUGAGCUGGACUCUGUCAGAGAGAAAACCAAGACUGAAUUGGAAGAGUUACAAAAUAGACUACAUACAAAAGAAAAUGAAUUAGAAAUAUCCAACUCCAAAUGCAGCUCUUUGAGUGCGGAUUUUGAUAGCCUUUCUAAAACAUUAAAGUUGUUAGAAAAUGAUCUGAAAGAUUAUAAAACAAAACUAAACGAUGAAACUAAUCUCAAAGUCGUACUUGAAAAUAAAUUAGUUGACGAAAGUAAAAGAGUGAGUGACUUAGAGGAGGAAAUUCAGAAAAGGAUUCAGGAUACUGAUAAAGUGGAGCAGGAAUUGAAGAUAAAGUUGGAAGCUGUUGAAGAAGAGAAGAAGUCCUUAGAAACGGAUCUGAGAGAAUGGAGAUCUCAAAAUGAAAAGACCGCUAUGGACAUGGACGAGAGGAGGAAAAAAGAGGAGGCUUUAAAGUUAAAGAUGGCUGAAUUGAAUGAUGAAAAAGAAAAAAUAGUUGCAACAUAUGAGGAAAAGAUUACUUUGUUAUCAGAAAGCUUGGAUAAAGUUAAAGUUGAAAAGGAGAAAACUGAAAAUGUAGUUUGUGAAAAGUAUGUGGAAAUUCUUCAGCUUAAACAGAACAUAGAUCAAAUGAAAACCGAAAGCCUCAGGCAAGUCGAGGAUUUGAAAGAAAUGGAAAGUAAAAUUACAGAAAUUACAGGUGAACUUGAGAAUGCUAAAUUAUUAGCGACAAACUCACUCAAUGCACUCAGCACGGAAAAGGAUAGUGUAGCUAAGAAGUUAGAAGAACAGAUAAACUCACUGUCGAAAGAAUUUGAAAAAGCAAAACUAGAUAAAGACGUUUUGGAGAAAUCAAUAUCUGAUAAAGAUAAUGAAAUACUCAAACUUAAUAAGGUUAUAGAAGAGACCAAGUCUCAAAGUGAAAUACAUCUCAAUGAGGUCAAACUAAAAGAAACUCAUAUCAAAGAUAUUAGCCAAGAACUUGAAAAAUUAAAACUUGCUGCUAGCAGUUCUUCAAGCAAGUCAGGCGAGGUUGAACAGAAAUAUCUACAGCAGAUAGAUGUUGUUAACUCACUUAAAACCAAGCUAGAGGAAACCAUUUCAGAAAAAGAUACAAAAAUUAAACAACUUUAUUCAGAAUUGGAAAACAUCAAACAGUUUCAGAAGGUGCAGGAAGAUGAUAGAGUUAAGAACAAAGAAAUACUUGAAAAAUUAAAAUUAUCAAAAACUGAAGCUGAAGAAAAAUUAGCUGAAUUGGAAAAAGAUUUAUUACAAAAGAACCAUCAAUAUGAGAAUGAAUCUAGAAAAUUGAAAUCUGAUCAUGAUUUGUUGAAAGAAGAAAAAUAUCAGCUGAAUCGAAAGGUCGAAGAAGUAACUGCUGAGGUUAAGAAACUGGCAGGUGAAAAGGCUUCUUUGAUGACACAGUUUGAUGUGAUCAAAAGAGAAAAUGUUGAAAUGAAAGACAAACUUCUCAUCCAGUCGGCAAAUAUAACAAACACUGCGUCAACCAACAAUAACAACGCCAACGAGCCGGAUCCCAAUGCUACCAUAACAUUCCUGAACAGCAUAAUAGCUGACCAGCAACGAGAACUGUUGGUCCUGAAGGAAGAAAACCAGCAACUGAAGAGUCUCGGCGUAGUGGCUCCUGUCAAGUCGACUCGCACAGUGACCCCUCGCAUGUUCUGUGACAUCUGUGAUUGUUUUGAUUUGCACGACACAGAAGAUUGUCCAACACAAGGUAGUGACUCUCCUCCGCCCAAACCUAGGAGUCAACGCAAGCCUGUCACUGAGCGACCGUACUGCGAGAGCUGCGAGGUGUUUGGUCACGUUGAAGGUGAAUGUGAUGACGAGACGUUUUAACUUCCAGAUCAAACAUAUUUUCAAAAGAACUUUGUCAAGGAAGUAUAAAUUCCAGUACCUGUGUUUAUCCUGCAUUAUGUGAUACCUACUCACUGCUUAGCUCUACUUUCUCUUUUUUUGUAUAAAUGUAAGUUGUAAGUUAUUUAUUACCUGUAACAACGUUAUCAUAUAGACAAGUGUACCAUUUUAUGUUAGGAGUGUGCAAAUAGUGACUUUUCAGUUUGAGCCGAGCCCAUCUUUUGCAAAUAGUUUUGAGUUUUGAGCUUUUUCAUGCUGAACUUGAAUUUUUAUGUGUGUAUAUUUUUUUAUAUAAAUGUAUAGAACAAGCUUAUCCCACAGAUUAAUGUGUCACUUGUUACACUAAUGGCUGUUAUCAUUCAGUGCCGAUUAAGUAAAUGUGCUUGGCGCAAGAGAUUUUAGGAUUGUUGAGGGUGCAAGGAGAGGAAGGUGCAGGGGGAGCCUAAUUAUCUCUUGGGCCCAUAUCAUGUCCCAUACAAACCAGAGGCCUGACAGCAAUAGUUAUUUAUUCGGCUCGGUAACAUUCAAAUAUUUGUAAAUUAAGCUAAGCUGAAUAGUGAGAACGUUUGAAUACUUGCACACCCCUAUUGUAUAUGUAAAUUUUAAAUGAUGUUUUCUUAAGUUUCUGUUACAGUGUUAAAUUCUGAUUUAAUGUAUUUGUUCAAUUCUUUUAUAGCUGAUAGUAGGAUUAUAUAAACAUCUGAUCCCCUGUAAAAUGUUGCAAUACAAUAGUUAUUUGUGUAACUAGUGAACAAAGUGGCACUUUGCUGCACACGAGAGCAACGUUUACGUCGAACGAUCUUGACUGCAGCAAAGGUCUUUUGCACUCGUGUUACACAUUAUAUUGUUCCUACAGUCACUAUAAAGCAUAUAAAUAAUUAGUCUUUCAAACACUAUACAACAUGUUUUUAGGUUCAGCUGGCAACACAAAUAGGUGCCCUAGAGAAAGUAGUCCCCGGUCGGUAUCACUCCGCUAUUUUUUCCUCGGCAAGCAAUGUGCUCCGCGACUUGAGAAAAUAGUUCCGUAUAUUUUUGUAAUUUGCAGUGGUUUCCGCGCCUAAAAAAUGCUUUAAAGGUAUUUUCUUGUCUAUUAAGAUCGUAGGAAUGUUUUAAAAACGUUUAAAAGAAAAGUCCAGAAAUACCGAAAAGAGAACAUAAACUAUAAACACAAAAUGACAGAUUAAAUCGUAGUUAUAAUAGUCAAUCAGCUGCUCAUAGUAUUAUUAUCUUUAAGUGUUGCCAACCUAUUUCCAAGCGUACACGGAUUACGUGCAUAAUAGAACCACGCUGUUUUGUGUUGUUUCGUUGGAAUCCUGAUGUGCACCAAAGGAUAAACCGUACGACAAAGUAUAAAUAUGCAGCAAUUAGCAGCUUUCUGUACUAUAAACAGUACAAGGAAGCCAACUUUGUUGGGUGACUGUAGGAAAAAUGCAUGUUUCUGGCCCCUGGACUGUAUUGUUACGAUAAUAAUGCGUUUUUUACAUACCUCCGUCAAAUAGUCCAGUGAUUAAUAUUGCUCAUCAGCUUACAUUUUUUGUUGUGAAGACAACAUUUUCAAAGCUUGCAACUCGUCAAAAACACAUUUAAAACACAGACGACACGAACGCAAAAAACAUUAAAAUGGUACGAAUACACAAUAAACAUUUAGAUCGCGCUAUCAUGAUUCUGAUUUGGUCCGGCGCGGCACGGUAUUGGUAGCAGACUGGAGGUCUACAUCAUGUCACCUCUACUGUUAUCAAUUAUGUUAUCAGAUCUUCGAUCAGCUGUUCCUGAGUUUAUGAUUGUGUUGUAAAUCGAGUGAGACCGGAACUGUAAGUUUUCGUUAAGGAUGUGGUCCUUACUACUUACUUAAUUUUAUAAAUCUCGAAUUCCUCCAAGGUGUCAAGUUUGCUACCUUUUCCCACAGACAUGUAAAAUUUCUAAACCUUCAUGUAAGCUGAAAAGCAAUAUUAAUCGUUGGACUAUUUGACAGAGGUAUGUAAAAAAACCUAUUAUUGUCGUUUCAAUACGAUCAGUCUAGACCUGUAUAGUUCUUUCCAAAUUUUCUGUUGGUAAGUAAUUUUGCCUAAGAGCGUAUGUGAUUUGUAAAUAUUGUUGGCAACUAGCUUUGAUUUUUCAGAGUUUAUUUUUGUACUCUUGGCUGUUUGUAUAAAAUGACUCUAGUCACCAGCUGUUCUAUAACACCAAAUGUAUUUAACCACAGUUUAGUGUUUAGUAGAAAAUAGGUUUUAUCAAAUCAAAAUAGUUUUCGGGUGUUUAAACCUUUUUUAAAUCAUUGGUAUAUUUUACAUUGUUUAUUAUUAUUUUAGUUUGCAAGCAAUAACCAUGCUCACGCAAUAAAUCAUAUAUUAGGAAUCUCAUCUUCCUUCAAUUUUCUACCAUGCUGAUUUGUGCCUAGAUAUUCUUCUUGAUAUUGUAUUUAAUUACUGUGUUAUUUUAUUCAUUGCUGCUCGUGAGUGUUGAGAAAUUGUAGGUUAUGUUGUAUGUUCCUGCCAUGUUAAGGAUUUAGUGUUAUUUAUUUAUUUUCUGUUAGAAUACGUAGUGUUUAGGUCAUAAUUCCAUGUUUUAAAUAAGAUUUUUCUGUAAGAAAAAUAAAACCUGAAAAAAAAUACCUAACAAAGUAAACUGAAGAUUGUGUUUGGUGAA